CCUCGUUUCUUUACCCACUCCUGUAAAAAUUAAAAAAGAAAAAUACCAUAUUCCCCACUUAUUUUAUCAGACAAGUUGCUCACUGCGCCACCAGUCGACAAUCUAUCUUCUUUCGUAACUGGACAAAAUAAUAAAAGAUAUAAAAUGUAAUACCCCAUAAAUUAGAGUGAGAUAAAACCAUCAAAAUACCGGAAUGUAUAUGUAGAAUACUUACACAUGCUUACGAGAGGACCUCAAGCGGCAGAUGCUCACCUCAGUUCACUCGUUGACGUGUGUUAGAACGAAACUCUGCUCGACAAAUAAUUCAAAUUUAUUAUACACGUUUUUUUUUGUUCACAUUAUAUUUUAUCAAUAUUUAUUUGUAUAUUUAUUUAUUUAAUAUUAGUAUAUUUCGUACUGUCUUAUAUAUAUAUAAUCUUAUCAUCAUAAUAAUAAUGAAAAUUUAAAUUGUUGUAAAUAAAUAAAGUUUAAUCAAAUAAAUACAAUUGGUCUAUUUUUUUCUGUUCUUUUGUUUAUUUGUUUUUUAAUACAACAAUGUUAAACAUUUUGACUUAAAAAAUAAAAAUAAAAAAAGUGAAUUCAGCAACGGUUGUUAAUAAAGUAUUAAUUAUAACGAAAAAAUAUAUUAUCUAUAAAUAUAAAUACUGUGAUGUCAAUUUGUGAACAAAUAUAAGGUUUUUUUUGUGUGUGUUGUUACGAAAAAGGAAGUUGAAAGAGCGACAAGAGUGUCAAAAUUUAUUUUUUUUUUUCGGAAAAAAAAAAAAAAGACGAGAAAUAUAUGAUUUUUUAAAAAGUCCAUAAGAUAAUAUUAAUAAGAGCUUAGAGUAGAAUAUAUGAGUAAAAAAUAAAAUAAUCAUUUUAUGAUAAAACAAAAAAAAAGAUAAAAAAAAAAAAAAAAACGAUUCGAAUGUAGAGAUGUGGCAAUGGCGCUUGUGUCCGGCGAACGAUGGAGUGGCUGGUCUACGCACGACCUUAGUUUGCACGUAGUUCGUGCCCGAAGGGUGGAAUAAAAAAAAAACAUAUGUAUAUACAUAUCUGUAUUUAUGUGGAAAGUAUAAUAAUAACAAUAAUACAUAAAAGGUAAACAAUAUAGUACAAACAAUAAACGAAUAAAUAAAUUUUAAAAAAUUCAUUGUGCGUAGUGUAGUGGCAGCCUCACAGGGCCCAAUGGGCCCAUCAUCAUUUUUUUCUCAUUAUCUCCCCUUCUCCAAUAUCCUCAAUAAUAUCUAAAACUUUCAAAAAAAUUGUGUCGAUUAAUUUAUCCUGCAAUAUUAUUUUGCAUGAGACCUAACUAAUAUAAAUUAACCUAUAAUUAUAAAAUUAAUGUUUUUUUCUGUACUACACCGUGAAGACUAAAUGACAAUGUGGAUUAAACUCAAUUUUAUAUUUAUUAUUAUAAUAAAUAGUAAUUAUAUUCACAAUUCAAUUGUGCGCGAGUGAAAUUUAUAAAGUCUAAAUAUUUAUUGGUUAUCAAUUGGUGAAUUACAUGUGUAUUUUUUUUAGAAGAUAGAAGAUUAUUAUAAUUUGAGGAAAUAACUAAUCACACAUGGCAAUCGCAGGCGGUAUUAUUAGCGCUGAAAGGUGCCUUUAUUCAGCUGCUGGUAUGCUACGAUUUCUCGCAAGGCUGUCAGGUCGACGGCGACACGUGCGUAGCAAUUGUGGUAUUGUACCAGGUGGUGUAAAUUUUGUGGCUCAUAAAAAAAAAGAGAAAAAAAAAAUUAAUGAAUAUAAUAAUGCGGACUGUAAUAAAAUGAUGAUUGUUCAGGACAGUACUAUAACUGAUGAUACUAUUGAUGAUGUAAGACAUCAUUAUUUAAGUUAUCGAUGUAAUAUUGAGUGUGAUGAUAUUAGAAAAGAAUUUAUUGAUGAUGUUGAUAAUAAAAGAACGAUAGAAGAAAGUUAUGAAAGAAUAAAUGGAGCCUGUGAUUUAUCAUCAACAAAAACAACAACAACAAAUGAAAGAGAUAAAUGUCAAAAUGAUUCUAACGAGACAUCAAUUAAAACAGCUAAAUAUUCAUAUCAACAUCAUCAUGAUUCAACAACAAAGUCAAAUGAAGUUUCAAGGUUUCGUCGAAGAUUUACGAUACCUUCUUAUUUAGCAACAUUACUCGUUAUUUCCUACACAUUGUUUGGAAUCGCAGACGCGUGCUCGUCGAGGUCGACGCCUAAACCACGACCACCAACACCAACACCACGUCCUAAUAUUACAUUCCACAUGUACACAUGUCCACAUGAUUAUGCGGAAUGGUACUGUCUCAAUGGAGCAACAUGUUUUACUGUCAAAAUACAGGAGUCACUGCUUUACAAUUGUUUAUGUGCUUCAGGAUUCGUAGGACAGCGCUGUGAAUUCAAGGAUUUAGAUGGUUCCUAUAUGACUUCAAAACGACAUGUUAUGCUGGAAACUGCCAGUAUUGCUGGCGGUGCCACAAUCGCAGUAUUUCUUGUUGUUAUAAUAUGCGUGUCGGCUUAUAUACAUUGCAAACGUAAACAAAAAGAACUUCAAAUGAGUUCUGAUGUUGAUACAGUUGAUGGCCCUGGACGGGAUCCAGAACUGAGGCCAUUUUGCAAACGCAGCUCCCUUAUAGGUUUCAAGGCAAAAAACCAAAACUGUUCGCCAGCAAUGUGCCUACCCAUAGAACAAACUCGUAUGUCUGGUUGGAUCGACUAUUCACAGGUGGAAAUGACGAGACUUGCUUCGAUAAAUGAGGCUAAACGAUCCAGUCAAUAGUGUCUUAUAUUAGCAAUAAGACAAAUAAUAAUAAUGCUUUAUCAUAAUAAUACAGCAAUAAAUAUAAUUUAUCGUUGAAAAAUAAAAAUCCCUAAAUAUAUUAAUAUUAACUAUCAAGGCCUGUCUGUUUUAUCGAAAUGAAUGAUAAAACAAAAAAAAAAAACAUUGCCAAGUCUUCUGUUGAGGAGAAAAAGGAGCAAGAUAUCUAUAUUUUAAUGGGAAUAAUGGGAAAAAAUAAUUACAGAUUAACGAGAGAUUAUAUUAUUUUUCGUUGAUUCGCGUCUUCUGAUAACUUGUACCUUCCUUCACAAGAAUCGGUCGUUAAUUUGCUCAAUGAGCUCCACGAGUGCCUUCCAAAGUAUUGAAGAUUAAAAAACGAUCACGAAUAUUUUAUUUAAAAAAUAUUAAAAAUGCUUAUUAUUCCGCUUUAUGUCUAUUGCGCAUACAACUGAAUGAUUGGAGAAAAAAAAAACAAUAAUAAUCCAUUGUCCAUAUUGAGUAGCAAAUUUUUUUUUUGAAGGAUCAAAAUGUACAGUUACAAAUAAUCAACUGUCAUCUUUUUUUUCAAACACCUUUGUUUCACUAAAUUUAUCAAAAAACUCUGAUCACCCCUCAUUAAAAUGUAUUAUUGUAGUUGUUUCGUACUCAAAUAUUUAUAAAAUAAUUAAUAUAUUAAAAUAAUUAAUAUAUUACUUUUUUUGUCAAAUCAAUACACUCUUGACUAAACUCAUAUAUUUAUUUCUUUAUUUAUAGAUUAUUUAUUUAUUUAUUUAUUUGUUUGUUUAUUAAUUAAUUAAUUUAUUUAUUACAUAUUACAAUGAAUGAAUAAAUUUUAAAAAAAAUGUUUUUUUUGCUUUGUCCAAGUUUUUUUUUGUUUUGUUCAUUUUUUUUGUCUUAUUGUGUUGGUCGAAAAAAGAUAAAAAUAAAUAAUAAAUAAAUAAAUAAAAUAAAAAUAAAAGAAAAGUUUACUGAAAAUAGAUAAGAGAAGAAAUGUACGUAUGAUUAAAUUGUCUUUUGUAAAAAGAUAUAAAAAUGUUGAACUAAAUAAUAGUAUUCAUAACGUGAAAUAUAGUAAUAGUAUAGUAGCUACAAAUAAAAACUAAUACAAAAGAAGAAUCAAUAAGAAAAAACUACAAAGAAAAAAUAAUAAAAAAAUUAAGGUUAAAAACAUACAACAAUUUAUUUUGUAGUGUAUUUCCACACCCAAAUGUUAUUUCCUAAUUUAUCAUUAUUAUUAUAAUUAUUAUUAUUAUUAAUUGAUUAAUAAUAAUAUAUCGUCCAUCUUCAGUCCAUUUUAACAAAUGCUAUUUAAUCCUAAAUCAAGGUAAAAUAAAAACUGAAAAUAAACAAAUCCGCAAAAUUGUAAGAGUCAAGUACCAGCAGAGGCCUUUGGAAAUUUCUAAUAUACUAGAGAAUUAAAAGAAACGUAGAAGAAAAAACAAUGAAUACCGAAAAAAAAAAAAAUUCUUUUAUUUUCGAAUUUAUAUAGAAUAAUUUAUUCUGAAUAAGAAAUUAUCAAUUAUUUUAAAUAUUUAAAAAAUAACUCAAUCACUCAACACUAUUCACAUGCAAGUUGUGUAUGCACUACUACAAAUUGUGAUAGCGAAUUCUAUCUAGUAUUAAAAAAGGACAGAUAAAAAGGUUUAGAUAAAAAUUAUGAAAACAUUUUAGUCCAUCAGACGUGUCAUUCGCAAUUUAUUAAAGAAUUUAAUAACAACUUAAUAAUAAUAAUAAUAAUAAUGAUUAAAUCAAAAUAAAUUGAUAUUUAAAAAAUUACCUAAAUUUAAAUCAAUAAAAAACAAAAAUAGGAUUAAUAAUUUAUUGAACUGUUUUCGAUUAUAAAAGUAAUUUAUAUUUAAAAUUAAGAAAUUGAUUUUUUGAUAAUUUGCGAUGGCAAUUGUAUCGACCGAUAAACGAGUACCUCGUCCGACAAAAGUUAUGCAUCUGCAAUUGAAUGAUAAUAAAAAAAAAAAUGUUGUCCAAUAAAACAAUGUACCAAAGACACGUUAUUGAACUGAUUGAAAAAAAUAGAUUAAAUAUUAAAUAAAAUUGGAAAAAAUCGAAUUAAAGAACAACCUUAAAACAAAAGGUAUUUAGUGGGUGGUGCCGUCGAAUAAAUAAAUAUAAUUAUAAAAGUCGUUAACAAAAAAAAUACGAAGUUUAUUAGAAAAUAAAAAAUACACGUCGAAUUGAAAAAAAUGAAUGAAUGAUUUGAUAGUCCGCAGCUAGCUAGAAACAAUGUUGGAAAAAAUAUUGCUUUUAUUAUUUUUGUAAAGUAUUUCAAAUUUGUCAGUUGUAUAGUGAACAUGACGAAAAAUAAUGAAGAUUGCAGAAAGUUUUGAAAAUAAAAAAAAAGUAUUUAUAAA